AUGAUGGCUCCUCAUGCACGGGCCGCAGGUCCCCGUAAGAGAUCGCGGGAGGAUGAUUAUGCCGAUGCCUCAAUGGGAGGGGUAUCAGGCUUUUCUGAGCAUCGGAGUAAACGCCAGCAAAUCUUGCCUGUUCGCACAUCUCCCAACGCCAAGAGAUGGCUUCAUACACCGAGUGCCUUUCCGCAAGAGACCCCGCAGCCCGUCGUCUCGGGCUAUGAGUACUAUGGGGUGCCGGAACCAUCAAAUCAUAAUGAGCACCAGGUCACGGAGCAGCACGUAUGGGCCGCCGAGCCUGAGCUCCCGUCCAACUAUAGCCCGGAAAGCAUGGACAUGGAGAUGAUGGACUGCGAACCGGAGCCAAGGCAUCAAAGCCAGCAGCAUAAUCAUCAGCAGCAGUACCUCCAACCGGGCCAAUUUCAACCAGACCACCUGGCGCCCGAACCGACCAUCAGCAGCCGCAUUCCGACACCGCUCCAUUGCAGCUUCGCCGAGCAAGUCCGGGGCAAGCACUGGGGUGGAGCGGCGGGCAACAUCAGCAUGGAUCACAGAGGAUCAUAUGGGGUACCUCCUCCUACACAGCAGCACCACGAGCCGGCCGUCUCACUCUUAGGCCACGAGAGCGUCCCUCGCUCGCUCGACGGCGCCGCUGCCACUGCACAGGUAAUGGAGGACUGGAGUAUGGUCCAGAACCGUCGGCUUCCCUCGCCCAUCAGCGAGGUAGGAGGAGAUAUGGAAGACAAUGGCAUGGGAGAAAGCCCGCGGAUGAUUCUCGGGUCAUACCACCCUGGCCAUCAGCAUCACCAUGACCAUGAUCACCACGGCCACCACCUUCAGCAACAUGACCACCCCCUUCCGCGUCAACGCCUCAGCAGCCUCGACCAACUAACCCACAGCCACCCUCUUCUCUCCGCCAUGCCACUACGCAACUCCUCCCUGAACAGCCAAAUGGGACCUCGUGAGCCGACGCCCAUUCCCCAAGGAGAAGGAGAAUAUCAAAACCACCAUGGUCAUAGUCAUAGCCAUGGCAGCAUGGAUGGCAUGGACAUGGGCUCUCCCCAGACAUCGCCAAAAACCCUGUCCCCACCCAACAAAAGGGGACAUCAACGCUCCAAACACACGGUCAGCUCGUGGACCAUGGGAGCCAACCAAGCCGGAAUGAAGAGGUCGUUUAGCAUAGGGUAUCGGGAUGACUGCGAGAAGUGCCGGAUGAAGGUUCCCGGUCAUUUUAACCAUAUUAUCGUGUCGUAG